GAGUACUACAAGCAUGUACAUAUUUAGGGGGAUGGUUAGUGGCACUGUUAAAAAGGAGUGGUGGGAGCGAAGUCCUUUUAGAUUCUCAUAAUGUUGUGGAACAGCAGAUGAGAUUGGACUGAAGUAUACAGUUUACAGGCCAGGCCCUAUAAGUCUCUUUAAUUUGGGAAUCUGAAUCCUCCCAAUAAAAACAGUACUCUUCCGCGCGUGGCUCAAUACAACAUACACCAGUUCUUCUUCUUUUCUCUCUCUCUCUCUCUCUCUCUCUCUCUCUCUCUCUCUCUCUCUCUCUCUCUAUACCUUCAUACAUAGCUGUAGCUACAUACACCAGCUCUACUCUUCUCAUCUCUAUCUCUCUCUCUCAAUAUAUAUAUAAAUUAUAGUAAAUAAAAACCCAUCAGUCUUAUACUAAUGUCGUCGUCAUCAGGUGCUGAAGAGAUCGAAAUAAGCAACACAAGUAGUACAUCAGAAACCAGAAGAAGAAGAAGAAGAAAUAAUAGCUUAAGCUUACACAACACAGGUUCAUCCUCUUCCUCUUCUUCAAAGAAGUCUUUUUCUUCUUCUUCAACAUCUUCAAGAACAAGUUCAACUGCUCCUUCUACAACAAAAGCCAUGGAAGAAGUUUGGAAAGAUUUGAACUUGACUUCUCUUUCUGAGACUACUAAUACAGUUACUGUUGUUCCACCACCACCACCACCACCACAACUCAACAACAUCAAUAACAACCACACCAACUACCGAAACAUGAUCUACCAAGACUUUUUAGCAAGACCCUUUUGCACUGAUCGACCUCCGACCACCAUGGUACCUCCUCCGGCUCCGUCUCCGGACAGUACUCUGUUUGGGUCUCCUCUGCCUCAGCCUCUUACAGCAUUGAGCUUGAAUUCUGGCCCUGAGUUUCCAUUUCUCGAUGGAAGCCUCACCGAUCCAUCCUUGCAUCCAAACAACCACAUCUCCAAUGUUUCAUCUUUCACAAGCCCAUUUGAGACUUUAGAUUCCUCUUCUUGUUUGUUAAACACUUUUGGGAAGAAAAGGUUCCAAACUGAAAAUGGGUCAGCUUCGGGGAACAGACGAAACAAGAGGAUGAUCAAAAAUCGAGAGUCAGCUGCUCGAUCAAGAGCUAGAAAACAGGCAUAUACAAAUGAGCUGGAGCUUGUUGUUGCACAAUUGAGUGAAGAAAAUGAAAGACUUAGAAGAAGGCAAAACCAGAUUAAUGAAGAGGCUGCUGCUGCUGCUGCUGAUAAACUUCCCAAAAAGCGUAGUCUUCAACGGACGUUAACUGCUCCAUUUUAAUAUGAGUAUAUAUAAAUAUCUCAAUACCUUUACUUUCCUAACACUAUAUAUCUCACUACCUUAGCUUGAGAGAGGGGUCUCUUUUGAGUUGUUAUGACUAAUGAAGAGGGGUUUUUUUUUUAUCAAUGUUUAUAUUUAUAUAUAUAUGCUUUUGUUGGGGAAAGGAAGGUUUUAUAUCGAAACAUGUAAGUGGUAUUUUAAGGUUUAGAAUAGAGACUACUAAUGCUUUUGUUGUAACAAAAAAACAAAGUGUUUCCUUGUUAUUUCCUAAGAGGCUGGAACUUAACUUGGUGGGCCUCCUUUGUUUGUUUGUAUGUGUUUUGUUUGACUUUAUAAAAACUUUCUUUUUCUUUUUCUC